AUGGAGAACUCCUCCAUCCCUGAGACCAAUUCCUCAUGUGCAGAGUGCACUGGGAGAGCAGAUGGGGGUCUGAAUAUGUCCACUCCUGCACUGAGCCCCAGCUUCUAUGUCACUGUACCCAUCAUCUAUUCAAUCAUCUGUGCCGUGGGGCUGACAGGCAACACUGCUGUCAUCUAUGUAAUACUCAAAGCCCCGAAGAUGAAAACAGUCACCAACAUCUUCAUCCUCAACCUGGCCAUUGCUGACGAGCUUUUUACAUUGGUGCUACCGAUCAACAUUGCUGACUACCUGCUUCUGCAGUGGCCCUUUGGAGAGUUUAUGUGCAAGCUCAUCAUCUCCAUAGACCAGUACAACACAUUCUCCAGCAUCUACUUCCUCACCGUCAUGAGCAUUGACCGCUACCUGGUUGUGGUGGCCACCACCAAGUCCAGGAAGAUGUCCUAUCGCACCUAUCGAGCCGCCAAGAUUGUGAGCCUCUGUGUCUGGUCCUUUGUCACAGUCAUCAUCUUGCCCUUCACUGUCUUUGCUAAGAUACACAAGGAGGAGGGGCGCUCCCAGUGUGUCUUCGUGUUCCCCCAGCCAGAGAGUGUGUGGUGGAAAGGCAGUCGAAUCUACACUCUUAUUUUAGGCUUUGCCAUCCCCGUGUCCACCAUCUGCAUCCUCUACACCACCAUGCUGUGCCGGCUGAGACGUAUGCACCUCCACUGCAAUGCAAAAGCCCUGGAUAAGGCCAAAAAAAAGGUGACACUGAUGGUGGUUGUCAUCCUGGCUGUGUGCCUGUUCUGCUGGACGCCUUAUCACCUUAGCACAGUGGUGGCCCUCACCACAGACAUCCCACAAACUCCACUUAUCAUUGCAAUUUCCUACUUCAUCACUAGCUUGAGUUAUGCCAACAGCUGUUUCAACCCUUUCCUAUAUGCCUUUCUGGAUGACAGUUUCCGGAGGAGCUUUCGCAAACUGAUAGAUUGCAGAACCACCUCAUAA